GUUGACCCAAAGGGGUAUCAGUUUGAGGAAUACAUCACAAAGAAGUUGACCCAACAAAAUUACCAGAGUAUGUUUAAUGGAAAUAGAAUUGCUCAUUGCAGUGAAUCUGAGAUAAAAUUUAACCAGGGCUCAAAUGUUAACAAACAUAUGAACACAUUUUCCAGAGAAACAUUAUGAAUGUAAUGAAUGUAGGGAAAUCUUCUAUCAAAGCUCAAAACUUGUUAUACUAAAGAGUACAAAUAUGGGAGAGAAUCCUUAUAAAUAUAAUGCAUGUGGGAAAGAUCUGAAGGAGUCCUCCAGUGUUGGUGAUCAUCAGACGAUUUGUGAGGGGAAAAACCCAUACACAUGUUAUAAAUCUGGAAGCGUGUUCAGUCAGUCACCAAGACUAAAUACACACGAGACAAUUGGUACUGGAGAGAAAAGGUACACUUAUAAGGAAUGUGGCAUAGUCUUUCAUUGGCACUUGGCACUAUCUCAGCAUCAGCAAAUGCAUGCUGGAGAGAAAUCAUACAAAUGUGAAGAAUGUGGUAAAAGCUUUAAGGACUGCUUAUCACUAAAUAGACAUGGGAAAAUCCAUAUUAGAGAGAGACCUGACAAAUGUCAACAAUGUGGCAAGGCCUUUAGCAGUCACUCUUACCUUCCUAGACAUCACAGCAUCCAUACUGGAGAAAAACCUUACCAAUGUAAGGAAUGUGGGGAGGCCUUUAGCCACCUCUCAACACUUACUCACCAUCACAGAAUGCACAGUGGAGAGAAACCUUACAAAUGCAAGGAAUGUGACCAGGCCUUUAAUCACGGUUCAACCUGUACUCAUUAUCACAGAAUUCGUGCUGGAGCAAACCUUACCAAUUUAAAGAAUGUGGGAAAAUGUUUAGGGACUAAACAACCCUUACUCCAAGUCAGAAAAUUCCUAUUGGACAGUAACCAUACAAAUGUAAAGAAUGUGCAAGCCCUUCCUGCAAGUCACAAACUUACUCAACAUUCUAAUUAUCACACAGGAGCCAAAGUGUGAAAUGUAAAGUGGCCACGCCUUUACCUGGAGUUUAGUCAUUGCUCAAUUUAACAAAAUACACACUAGAUGCAAACCCUAGAAGCGUAAUGAAUGAGGAAAAACCUUAAUUUAAUUUUAAAUAUACAAUUUAGCAAACACCAGACAGUGCAUAAAAGAAACAAACUGGAAAGACAUACUUAUAGAAAUAUUUAAUUGAACACCAAAUGUCAAUAAAUGUUACAGAAAUAAGGUAGAAAGCAGUACACCAGUCACUCUUUUCAGACAUUUUAUCAAAAUACUUAUAAGGAAUCAUACAAAGUUAAACAUUUAGAAAACAGAUAUGCUAUUAUGUUUCAAAAGAUUUAGUGGAUGGAUUUUUGCGUAGGUAUAUUUAAUUUCAAUAUGUGGUUUUUUUUUUUUUUUACAUUGACCCUAUUUGGGAUUUGUGACUAACAAAUAUUAAUGUAUUUCUACUCUCAGAUCACUUCAGAAUAUUCAUUUAUUCCCGGUGGGUGUGUGAAACCAUGUGGCUGAUUGUUGCUGUAAACAAAAUAUGAGAUGC